AUUUAGGCCUAUCUAAUCCUACCAAUUGAAAAUGCCACUAAAACCGAAGGCAGGAUAUGCACAGUAAAUAUAUGCAAGAAACCAAGUAUUGACAGGGAGCAGCCCCUUCGUAUUGCAUCGAAGAAAAACAAGCAAAUGGCUGCUUCACUUUGUACUUAUUCCAUCUAUUCCUACAAUUCUUUAUCACGAAACUCCAUACCUGCAAAUAAUUAUAACCCUAAAUUUACUCCAUUAACAAAACGGUCUUCAAGACAAAAACAUUCUUUGCAUUUUCAAGCCAAGGAUAAUAAUAAGCAACAGCAAAGGCAUUUGAAUGUUCGGGCAACUUCGAGUUCUCCAUUCCAGUUGCCGGCUAUUAAUGGCGACCUCACCUUAUCUGCGCCAUGGGGAACUUCUUCAAUUUCAGGGAACUUAGGCAUCAGGGCCACAAGUCAGGAGAAUCCACCAAUAAUGCCAGCCAUAAUGACACCAGGAGGUUUCAUUGAUCUUGGAUCAGUAUUAUUGCGUAAUCGGGUCAUAUUCAUUGGUCAACCUAUAAAUCCUCAAGUUGCUGAACGUGUUAUAUCACAGCUUAUGACUCUUGCUACUGUUAAUCCAUAUGAUGAUAUUAUGGUGUUCAUAAACUCACCUGGUGGAAGCAUAUACUCUGUGAUGGCUAUUUAUGACUGCAUGUCAUGGAUAAAGCCAAAAGUUGGUACAGUUUGUUUUGGGGUUGCUGCCAGCCACAGUGCGCUGAUUCUUGCUGGUGGAGAGAAGGGAAUGCGCUUUGGGAUGCCAAACUGUCGGAUCAUGAUACAUCAACCUCAGGGAGGUUUCGAGGGUGACAUAAUAAAAGUAAGGCCACAGGUGGAGGAACUAGCUUCAAAUCAUGAUAAAAUCGACAAGAUGUAUGCUGCUUUUACUGGUCAACCUUUGGAAAUAGUAAAAUAUCACACUGAUCGUGACCGUUUCUUCUCAGCAGCUGAGGCAAUGGAUUUUGGAUUGAUUGACGGGUUAGUGGAGACAGAGUACUAAUAUCUUCCUAGCCUUCGUAAUUUUGGGAAAUGGAAAUUUCAUCGACAAAUAAGAUUCUCGCUACACAAGCUAUUGUGGCUCUUCAUCUUGGUAGCUUGCAAUGAUCUUUUAUUUUUGUAAUUCGAGUGUAAUCCUAAAUUUUUAUAGAUUCCUCAGUAAUCUGUACAGUUAAUGCAAUUCAGUUAUUUUAGAGCACUAGGCAACAGUAUUCUAAAUCUUUUUACUGAUUUUAACCCACGAGCAGUUCAUUGGUUUGCAUUAUUUGAUAUGUACCAGCCUGUAAAAUUUGAUGUUCCGAAAUAAAACGUAAAUGGGAUAUAAAUGCAUACGGAAUUUAUUGAACGUUACAAGGUGCUUUUAAUGA